CAUGAUUAUGUUUUGGCCCUAGAACCACGCGCCUUCAAUUGCAAACAGGCGCUCCCUGAAUUUGAUAUGUCUGUUGACUGCAGCUACUGAAGGUAUAGUAUCCAAUCAGUAUCUAGUUGGACCUGCAUUCAUCCACGAGCAGCAUGAAACCUUACCCGAUCUCUACAUCCCCAUUCAUCGGGGCAUGCACAAGUGCAAUUCAGUCCAAAAGAUCUUUCGGAUGUGAUUUCCAUCCGUCAAGUCUGAGAAGACCGCUCAACCAAUAUGUAGACGACCGUACUUGCCGCUGUUUGGCGGCAUCUGUAUGGGACCAACGGUCUCUGAGCAGAGAUGCAGGUGCUUGUCCGGACUAUCCGGUCCUACGGCUGCAGUUGUUAUGGGAUUAUGCCCCAGCAAGAAGGUUCCUUUGAGCGCAUCGUGGAGAUAUAAAUUGGGCAUCAGCCAGAACCGAUCGGGCUUGCUCCAACCCAGCCGCUGGACAAAACAUGACUGAAACUGUACUGCUGCGCAAAUUAUAUGCCUACCGAGCGGCCUAAAUGGAGCUCGCAGUCUCUUCGAAGUUGCAGUUAAGUGCACUCGUUACAUAGCGCAGUGUCGAAGGGAGCCUGAGAAAUCAGGCGACAGGGGACAAUUGAAUUGA